AUGGAGCAAUCUUCAGAGGCUAUUCGGGGCCUUGGCUCUGGAGAGGAAAAUAUAGACCGGUAUUGCCAGGGCGGUCUGCAUCCUGUCUGCCUUCACGAUACGUUCAAAAACGGCCGAUACGAAGUCGUGCACAAGCUAGGCUGGGGCCGUUCUUCCACCAUCUGGCUCGCCACGGAUUUGAACCACAGGCGAGACGCUUUCGUGGCUCUGAAGAUAUUCACAGCCAGCAGCUCUGCCAACCUGAGCGCGGCGCGCGAAGUGGCGAUGCUUAAAUCAUUCCAGAACCGCUGGUACAUCCUCGCCCCCAAGUUCUACAAAGCAUUCGUGCACAAAGGUCCUAAUGGCUCCCAUAUAUGCCUCAUCACGGAUUUUGCAGGUCCUUCGUUACAACAUCUCAUUACAAAGUACCGCGACCGCGACUAUCGCCUUCCGCUAGACGUGAUUCUGAGGCUGAGCCGCCAGUUGAUUGUAGCCACUAUGAACCUUCACGAGGCUGGCAUUGCGCACGGAAACUUGAGUGCUACCAAGGUCGUCUUUAGAGCCCCCCAACUGUCUAAUCGGAAGGCCAUCUUAGACAUCAUUGGCAUGCCCGAAACGAAAGAGACUUUUAAACCCGACGGGUCGCCCCCAGGACCGCAUUUGCCCAGCCAGUCGGUAGCCACGGCGCGGUGGCGUAGUUGGAACGACGAGUUUAACGAGAUUAUUUCCUUUCUCGACUUUGGUGCAUCGUUUAAAUUCGCCGUCGUCCCGGGUACCCUUAAAAACCCGUGCAGCCUGCGCGUGCCGGAGAUGGUGUUUGCCGGCGAGACUGACUAG